AUGGGGUCGCAGCAAUCGAUUUUUUCAGCUGUCGCAACACUUGUGAUAGGCUCAGCAAAUGAAUAUGAAUUAAAGAAAAUUUUUGAUGAAGAAAGGCUAAAAGAGCUUAAAAAACCUCCCAGCCUUGAUGAGGCUAAAAAUUUGAGAGCUAAAUAUUCAGUAGCUGAUUUAGAGGCUGAUAAUAAAAACCCAAAGGCAUAUAAUAUAUGAUCUGCUUCUCCUGAAAAACUUGGAAAAUAUGGAGUUGGGCUUGAAUUGUAUUUUCUCUUUUUGAAACAAAUGGCUAUUUUAUUCUUCAUUAUUGCUUGUAUAAGUAUUUAUCCAGCUUACACUAACUCAAAAGGAACCUGAAUUGAAGAUGAUGAAAGCCAGAGUGGUUCAAGAUUUACUUUGGCUAUAAUUAAAAAUGUCAGUAAGUGGUAGGCUCGGUCCUAAAUCUGAGAUAAGUUCACGGCUUUUUGAAAGUUUUGGCUGAAGAGAAUCAUACACUGUGUCUGGUGUAGAUUAGAGAGGUCCUAAGGGGCUUGGGAGCAGAAACAGUGACCGUUAGGUGGGCCCACCCACCUACUGUUAUUCAGAGCUAUGGUCCAAGCUGAGGCCAAGAAGUGGGAACUUGAGGAACCAUCAUAAACUUAAACUGGAACUUUGGCUAAUCCAUACUGACUCAAAAAAAGCGAUAGAUGCAUUUUUGAUUUAUGUAGAGGAAAUAUUACUGAUGAAAGGAUAAACGAGAUACAGGAUGAUAUUGAUGAAAACUAUAAAAUUAGGAUUAUUAAAGACAAGCGCUAUCUAUAGUGGCGAUGCAAUCAUUAAAGAUCUCCUAUACGGGAGGUUCAUCCGCUUUGUGAUAAAGAGUCACACUAGAAAUAGUCUUAACUGGUAUAGUUGUCUCCUCCUUGCCUUGAUGCUCAGUUUGAGUAGACAGCAUAUGGGUUUCUGAGGCCUUGCGACAGGCGAUAGGAAGUUGCCUGACUCCAGUAAGUAGCUCUUGGAGUUUAUCAGGGGUGCUAGAGUGCCUUUCUUUGGUAGCUACAGGAAAAAGACUGUCCUCUAUGGCUUGCCUAGCCCUGGGUUUCUCGGUAGAAGAUGCCCAAUUCUCUAACCCCCCUCCGUGAGUGAACAAAACCAUUAGAAAAAUCGCUAUUUUUUGCCAAAAAACCCACCCUCCGUGAGUGAGUGAACAAAAAUUGUUUUAAUAGAAAAAAAUUUUUAUGGAAAAAAAAUUGAUAUAUAAAUGAUAAUUAGUUUAAUGAAAUCUAGAACUAAUUCUGUUUAAUUUUAAACGAAUUGCUUUUUAAAACAUAAAUUUUAUAAUAUUUGCUUUCCAAUUUUUGCGAAUUAUGAUUUUUUUAAAUUUCGAAAAAAAAUAUUUUUUUUUAAAAAAAUAUAAAAAAAUAACACCCCUCCAUGAGUAAAAAAAAUUUUUUUUUGUUCACUCACGGAGGGGGUAGUAAAGGAAGUCGCUUGGCCCCACCAUUUCCAACUGCAAUAAAGCAGCCAAAACCUACCCAGAUACACAUUUGCUGAGGCUAUGCUUGUGGAUUCUAUUCUCGUUCACCAUGCUCUUAAGGUCCAGACUGUUGUGCGAAGAGAGCAGGCUGUCAAGUGCUCUAUUUUAAAUUAUUGAAAACUAUAAAGAAACUUGAAUUGUUGAUGCUGCUUAUACAUGCAUAUUUUUAAUUGGCUUGGUCAUAAUUCUGAUUGUUAAUAAAAUAAAAAUCAAUCAUAAUACGUUAGGAAAUGAUAGAGUAGCAGACUAUUCAAUUGAAGUCGGAGGAUUUCCUGAUAAAAGUAUCGAUAUAUUUGAAGUGCUUGAUCAUUUCAAAUGUUUUGGAAACAUAGUCGAAAUUUACUUAGGCCGCUCUUAUGGAGAUCUUUUGUAUUUCUAUCGAGAAAAAGCAGAAGUUUCAAAGAAAAUUAAAAUUCAUCAAAUUUUUUUGGAUAAUGAUUUAGAGUCAGUAAACAAUGAAAAACUUAAAAAGCUGCAAAUAAAACUGUUAAAAUUAGAAAAAAAUAUUAAAAAUUCGAGUUUUAACAAACUUAAUCAUGAACUUCCUGUGAACAGAGCUUAUAUCAUUUUCGAAUCUCAAGAAGGCCGGGCAAGAGCUAUUACAAAAUACAGGAAAAAAUGAUGCUUCCUAAAAAAUAAUGACUCAAGCUUAAAAUUCCAAGGAGAACACAAACUAAAAGUUUAUUCCAGCACCGAGCCAUCUGAUAUUAUUUGGGAAAAUUUGCAAAUCGCUUAUUGAGAGUGUUUGGUUUGGCUUUUUGUUUCCUCAUCAAGCGAUAAAACUUAGGUCUGCUAUAGACACUCAAAUACUUUUUCCGAAGACUCUAUAAGACACCGAUCUAGCUAGAGCGAUACCUUUAGCUAGAUCCCUAUAUUUAAAGCAACGAGCCAUCAAAGAUUCCAAGGCAGCAUCAAGAACCAGGCUAAAAAGCCGAAAGAGAGCUAUCUCUGGUGGAGUUUUGAUAAGCCCCAGAAUAGGUUGAUUUCUAAUAUUGUGCGUCUUGAGUGUAAUCUAAAAUCGAAUCCAAUCCCUUAAUAUUUAAUUAAGCUCAGUUUAUUGAGAAAGAGUUUCGAGGAUUACUUCCUCAGUGAUUAUAGUCGUUAUUUUAAUGAGUAUUUCUGUUGGGCUAAUAUUUUUAAUGAAAAGAGGAAGCCAAAACACAUAUGACGCCUACCGAUGCAUGUAUGAUCAUCAUGACGAUGAUUAUCCUUUAAACCAUGUCUUAGCUAAUGAAACAAGUUGAGACUCAGAUGGUGCUCAAAUGCAAUGCUGGUGUAGCCAACAGCCAGCAUCAGACUGGGCACAAAAACCUCAAAUCAGAUCAAUAUGCAUGGACUACGUCAUGCAAAAGCUGUCCUCUGCAGCAGUUAACUUUUUCAUUUGUUGCGGGAUCGUGAUUAUCAAUUAUACUUUGAGGCAGUUAUUUACUAUUCUAUCUGAGUUUGAAAGGCGUAAGAGCUAUAAUAUAAAACAGACUCAUUUGAUGCUAAAAAUAUUUGCAGCAAUGCUAACUAAUACUGCUUUGGUUCCCAUUAUAGUUCAUUUAUCAUAUAAUAAUGAUGGUCAAGAUGAAUUGAUUGAUCGGCAGUUUAAUGAUAUUACAAAGUACUGGUAUGUAAAAGUAGGCUCUAUGUUCUAUAUUAUGAUGUGCAUUAAUGUUGUUUCUCCUCAUUUAAUUUUUAACUUUUUGGUCAUGUACAUGACAGGGUUAUGAAAAAGGUUUCGAAGCUCUCAGACUUAUAAGACACAGUAUGAAAUUUAUAAUGCUUUUAUAGGCCCAGAAUUUCGACUUGCUACAAGGACUUCUAUGAUUUUGACAGUAAUUUUCACAUGCUUUAUUUUCUCUGGAGGAAUCCCUCUGCUGAAUAUAAUUGCUUUUUUAGCAUUAUUUGUGAUAUAUUGGACUGAUAAAUUUUUAAUUUUGAGGCACUAUAGAAAACCUCCAUACUAUAGUCAUCAUGUAUACAGUAGCGCUAUAAAAGUUAUGCCACUCUGCGCUUUCUUCCAUUCUUGCUUUUCUCUUUAUGCCUAUGGAUGUGAUGAUGUAUUUCCACAGAAACUGCGCAUUUUAGCAAAUACUAUGCUUGGAGAAUCUUAUUAUUAUGCUGAUUUGAAUUAUCAAAGCCUAAAGGAGAGGAUCACUAUGGACCAUGGAAUUAUGUUUUUUAUUUUAAUUAUUAUAAGCUUGGUUUUAUUUUUAUUGUUUAUUUUUUCAGAAAAGCUAACUAAAGAAUGCAAAAGAAUUUUGCUUUUAAGAGGCUAUAAAGAAACAAAAAAAUUUUCUAGCGCAAAAAAUAAUAUUAAAAAAUAUGCACUUACAAGUUAUGAUUUAGAGCAAAAUCCAAAUUACUCGUUUUUGAUUAAUGAAAUGAACAAAGAUGUAAAAGAUGGAAAAUUUGGCUGAAGAAGAACAAAAACAGCUAAUAAACUGACAGUGGUAAAUGAACGAAGGAUUAUAACUUCGUCGUGGUCUGAUGAACUUCAAUAUCUAAAUCAAGAUGAAGAUCGUAGAAGGGCAAAUAACGAGCCUCAAAUAAGGCUUAGCACAUCUUUGCCUAACAUCGGAUCAGAAUAUGUAGAGCAUAGCAGUCUUCACCAGUCUAAAGCAAAAUCAACAGAUUUAAAUAGCUGUGACAUUUUUUAUUGAGAUGAAAAAAAUGCUACAAGAUCAACUCCUGAAGGCAGAACGCCAGAAGUAGUAUAUAAUGAAGAAGGCUCACAGUCCAUUUUAGUUGGCAUUUCCAACGGCUCGUACAGUGGAUAA